CGUCGGCUGUCAUCUGUGUUGGGGUGAUUACGUGUAGCUCAGCAGCUAGCAGCAGCUAGCUUGUCAGACGGGACAACAGCAGCGGGUUAACGUCGACAGAGACAAGGUUAGCUGUUUUUGAGUGUGAAGAGAGAAAUGGAGCGAAUGGCUAUUGAGCAGCCGGAAACGACACCGACGGAUAUUAUUCAAAGCUAAUAUGAUGUAGCAGAAUGAGAUUUCCAGUACAAAUUUCUGUUGAGUGGUUCUGCAUCAGAAUGUGUUUCAGCUCUUGGAACAAAGAGCCAUAAUCUCUACAUCACAUGAAGUCACUUACUCUUAACAGCCUGGAAACUGCACUGAAAAAGAGAUACUGAAAGGGCAGACAUGUUUGCCAAGUUGAAGAAGAAGAUUGCAGAGGAGGCAGCAACAGCACCACGGAGUGGUGUCCGUAUACCACGCACCAUCAGUAAGGAAUCCAUCACCUCGGUGGGGGCGGACUCAGGGGAUGACUUUGCGUCUGAUGGCAGCAGCUCCAGGGACGACCUGCCCGCCCAGCUCCUCAGGAGGAACAAUCAGAUCCGGAAGCUGGAGGCCAAGCUUUCAGACUACGCUGAGCAACUACGAAUUAUGCAGAAGACCAAGGACAAGCUUGAAAUUGCAUUAGAAAAGCAUCAGGAUUCCUCCAUAAAGAAACUCCAGGAGCAGAACGAGUCACACCAGGCCAGCAGAGCCAAAAUGGCUGAGGGGAUGGCUCUAGCACUGGAGAAGAAGGACCAGGAAUGGAUGGAGAAGAUGGCUGAUGUGGAAAAGGACAAGGCUGCCCUGUCAGCACGACUAGAGGAGACGAUGGAGCAAAGCUUAGCACUCUUCCAGAAAAGAGAUGACCUGGAUGAACUGGAGGGCUUUCAGCAGCAGGAGCUCGCUAAGGUUAAACACAUGCUGCUGAGGAAGGAGGAGCAGCUGAACCAGCAGGAGCUGCAGCUCCAGCAGAAGGAGGCCGAGGUUCAGUCUGCAAAGCGAGGCCUGUCCGAGGCUCGAGGGAAGCUUCAGGCUCUGGAGCAGCAGCACGAGGAGAGCUGCAGACUCAACUCUGAGCUGGAAAUAGAGCGAGAGGAUCUUUUGCUGCUCAGCGAGGAGGCGGAGAAGAAGAUAAGUGAGCUGGAGGGACGAUGCCAGGAGCUGCAGUCAGUCAUCCAGCAGGUCUCUGAAGACUUCCAGAAGUCUCAGAGCAUGGUGUCAACUUUAAAGAUGUCGCUCCAUGAUCUACAGACCGAACAUGAUGCCCUGAAGCUGCAGCAGCACAAGGCCGCUGUGACGAAGGAAGACAAGGAGCGCUUGCUGGUGGACCUUCAGAAGAAAGUGACUUCCCUGGAGAGACGACUGCAGGGGAACCUGAGCCAGGACGAGCAUCUGCAGGAGCUUCUCCAGGAGAAGUGCAGCCUGGAGCAGAGUCUGGAGGAGACCAGAGUGGAGCUGCUGGUUGUUCGGACAAACCAUGCUGAUACUGUCAGCUCUCUGGAGGCUCAGGUCUCCAGAAUGAGCUGCAGCAUCACGGAGCUGCAGACCCUCCUCCGACAUAAAGACGACUCUUCCAGGGCCUACAGAGAGAGAACAGAUGCACAGGUUGCUGACCUGGAGCAGCAGGUCACAGAGAGCAGAGACAGACUGAGGAGUGCAGAGCAGCAGUUCUCAGAGAAGCAACAGCUCAUUGACAAACUGCGAGGAGAGUGGGGUGCAGAGAAAGCCGUUCUGGAUCAGCAGGUCAGUUUGUUAGAACAGCAGAGUGAGGAGAAGACGAGCCGGCUGGAGGAACGAAUCAGCUGUUUAGAGACAGACAAACAGACGCUGCAGCACACAGUGACUGAUCUGGAAAAGCAGAGCGACGAUGUGAACUCCACACUGAGGCAGCGGACUGAGGAGCUGGAGGAAUGCAGGAUGGAGCUGAACAGGCGACACACAGUCAGCACAGAAAUCGGCAAAGCUCUGGAAGAAACCAGACGACAAAAGGAGGAGCUGCAGAUACAGGUGGGAGAGCUGGCUGUAUCUCUUCACACCUCACAACAGGAAGUGUCCACUGUUACUGAGACGCUCACACUGAGAGAAGAAGACAUCAACACUCUCCAGAAUGAGCUGCAGAGUCGGCAGGCGUCUUUGCUCCAGCUGCAGCAGGAGGCCGAGUGGCUACGAGCUCAGCUGGAGCAGAUCGAGCAGGACAGAGACUCUAAGCUGAUGGGCCUCAGGAUGGAGCUGCUCAGUCAGACCCAGCAGCUGGACAGCUGCCAGGCGAGGAUCAUGUACCUGGAGGUGGAGGUGGAGACCCUGACUGAGCAGCUUCACAGCCCUGAGGUUUGUGAGGAGGAUCAGAACGGCAGCGUCACGGUGGACGACCUGGAUCACAUUCAGAAAGUCAACAGAGAUCUGGAGCAGCAGCUCAGCGACAAGAACAGGACCAUCAAGCAGCUGCAGCAGAGACUGGCAGAGCUGAAGAGGACGCUGCAGAAGGAACUGAAGCUGAAGCCGGAGCCAGAGGCUGAGGGGAAGGAGAAACUGCCUGAGAGCCGGGCAGAAAAGCAGGAGAGGGUUUGUCCAGAGCCUCCCCCAGCAUCUGUCCCGACCCCCCUGACCACCAACACCACGGUGACCAACACAUCAGACCUCAACGACUCGCGGGAAAUCAACUUUGAGUAUCUCAAACAUGUCGUCCUCAAGUUCAUGUCAUCCAGAGACGCGGAGGCAUAUCAGCUGAUCCGAGCUGUGUCCGUGCUGCUCAACUUCACCCGUGAGGAGGAGGACAUGCUGAAACAGACUCUGGAGUACAAGAUGUCCUGGUUUGGGUCCAAGCCUUCUCCAAAAGGCAUCAUCCGGCCUUCAAUCUCAGGCAACUCGACUCACUGGAGUUAAUGAGCAGCAGGAAGAAGUGACGACCUCUAGGACAUUUAGGAGGACCGGCUCCUCCUCCUUCACUGAGAGGGAUUCUAGCUUUAAACUUGAAACAGCCUCCUGCAGUUUUCUGUGAUGCUCUGUGGGACAGAAGGGCUGCACAGGUUAAGGGAUAAAGACCAAGUCAUCAUCAGUGGUUGAUUUUAAGAAUGACAUUAUUUUCUUGUCAGUGGAGAGAGAGUAAAAAACACAGAUCUGAUGAUUUCUAGUCAGUGAAACAGCAACAAGUGAAUUGACAUGAAAGAAAUGAGACUCAGCAUCAGAAACAACAGAAGACUGUUAUUUUAACUGUGAUUCAAUCUACACAGGUCACAUCUGUCACAUCUGUCUGUGGUGUGAGACAGUUCAGCCUUUGGUUGCUAAAGGACCUCUCAGUCUGAUGCCAGUUUGGCCUCAAGUCAUUUAAUGAUACCUGUCAGAUGUUUGUCGCUCACGUCAAACUGUCUGGAUGUGAUGGUUUCUGUGCGUCAUGCUCUUUAACAGUCAACAAGGAAAUCCAGGCUGGACAUCAGGACAAGACUGAUAAUUAUUCAUGAUCAGUCGUUAUUGACUGGGCUGAGUUUCAAAUCAUCAGUCAUAAAUAGUGAAAUGUGAUUUCUCUCAGAUUCCCACUAAAUCAUUGAAACCAGCAUCAUAAGAUUAUCCUAAGAGUCUUUAGGCCUAGAGUUUUAACUAAAUGUUUUAACAUGAACACACAGACCGACACUCUGCAAAGGAUGUGAUCGAGUUUAGGACAUUUUACACCUGGAGAAUAAAGUUGUCAUUCCACUGAUCAGUUGACGUGUGUGCUGAUCUGUCAGGCUCAGAAUCAGAACAGCUCUUUUUUAUUAGACUGUUAUUACUGUGACCUGAGCCUCCAGCCAACCUCACUCUCAGAUCAAACAUCUGACCUGAAGAGGAGAACAUGCUGUAGUUCAGAGGAACUGCCUGAGAGACUCAGUUCAGGGUAAAAAACAAAGUCUGGUGCUGGUCUUGGAGGACCACAGCUGAUCCAGUCUGUCCCUGCAGACUGUUCCAGGUCCUUUAACACCAUGUUUAAUUAUAUGGACAAUAAUAAAAACAAUGUGAUGAAAUAAGUGAACGUUAUGUAAAUGAUGACAGGAGGACAUGCUCUACCUUUACCUGCCUUUGCUAAUGUAAAUGAAAGUACAUUCCACAUGUCUAUUUAUAUAUAGAAAUCUGUACAUACAGUAUGCAUUGAGAACUUUAUAAAUCAGUGGAUGUAAAUGGUUUGAUGUGAGCAUUUUGCAGUAUUUAUCAUCAUAGACCAGAACCCAUACAGUUUCUCCCUUAGCCUGUCACUCAGUCCCCAGAGUGAUGUCACAACAGGCUGGUAUUUAUUUUUUACAUCAGUGGGAAUCUGCAUGUCUGCUGUUCAACUGAAUCCUAAAGCAGCUUGUCAGUCUUUUGCAAUCCCUUCCAGUGAUAUGCACAUAAUGUGGAGCAGAAGAAUCAUCAUCAUCAUCACAGAAAACUGUUUCACUGGUGUUUGUUUAUCAUUUGAGGUUGUGUUGGGAUCAGUCUUUCUGAACUGGGAUGCAGGAGAACAUCACUAAUGACAACUGUCACUAAUGACAGCCUAUUGUGGGUAAUGCACUGUCUCCAUGAGAAUCAAAAGUAACAAUGAAUGCACUUUUUUAACCCCAUUGAUUCUGCUGUGUGAAACCCUGAAACACAACGUGUACAAUCACUACCGAUUUUGUGACUUUUGCUUUUUAUGAUUUAACAACUGCUGCCAGGUUCCUGUUUACCACGUUUAUUAAUAAUAAAAAUGAAAUGACAAAAUCA